AUAUCCCGAUUCUUAGGGCAUCUUCCUCAUUCCUCUCUCCCUCUCUUCUCUGAAACUCCAGUCCCUCCAUUUUCCCUCCUUUUCUUGAAACCCUAAACCCUAAAAAAAAUCCACUUCGGAUCUCCCCAGGAAGACGAAAGGAGGGAAGCACCACUAAGGAAGAAGAAGAAGAAGAAGAAGAAGAAGAGAAGGAGGGAGGAGCGGAGAUGUAUCUCUACAGCCUGACGCUGCAGAGGGCGACGGGCGUUGUCUGCGCGACGCACGGCAGCUUCGUCGGUGGGAAGACGCAGGAAAUCGUGGUGGCGAGGGGAAAGGUCCUCGACCUCCUUCGCCCUGAUGAUACCGGAAAGCUCCAGACCAUCCUCUCUGUCGAGGUCUUUGGCGCCGUUCGCUCCCUCGCACAGUUUCGCCUCACCGGGUCCCAGAAGGACUACGUUGUUGUUGGCUCGGAUUCCGGCCGCAUCGUCAUUCUCGAGUAUAACAAGGAAAGGAACGCCUUCGACAAGGUCCACCAGGAGACCUUCGGAAAGUCCGGCUGCCGGCGCAUCGUCCCCGGCCAGUUCCUCGCCGUCGAUCCCAAAGGGCGUGCCGUCAUGAUCGGCGCCUGCGAGAAGCAGAAGCUUGUCUACGUUCUCAACCGUGAUACUGCCGCCCGCCUCACCAUCUCCUCCCCUCUUGAGGCCCACAAGUCUCACACGCUCGUCUACUCGAUCGCCGCCGUCGAUUGUGGCUUCGAUAAUCCGGUUUUCGCCGCGAUUGAGCUCGAUUACUCCGAGGCGGAUCAGGAUCCGUCCGGUCAGGCUGCCAACGACGCCCAGAAGCACCUCACUUUCUACGAGCUCGACCUCGGCUUGAACCACGUCUCCCGGAAGUGGUCUGAGCCCAUCGACAAUGGCGCCAAUUUGCUUGUCACUGUCCCCGGAGGCGGCGAGGGCCCCGGUGGAAUACUCGUUUGUGCGGAGAACUUCGUUAUCUACAAGAACCAGGGACACCCGGACGUUCGUGCGGUUAUUCCCCGGCGGGCAGAUCUCCCGGCCGAGCGCGGUGUCCUGGUUGUUUCCGUGGCCACCCACAGGCAGAAGACCAUCUUCUUCUUCCUACUACAGACCGAGUAUGGGGACAUCUUCAAGGUUACCCUGGUGCACCAGAACGACCAGGUGAGCGAGCUCAAGAUUAAGUAUUUCGACACAAUCCCGGUGACGACGUCGAUGUGCCUGCUGCGCUCUGGGUUCCUUUUCGCGGCCUCCGAGUUUGGUAACCAUGCUCUCUAUCAAUUUAAGGCAAUUGGGGAGGACCCUGAUGUGGAGUCGUCGUCAGCUACGCUUAUGGAGACAGAAGAAGGGUUCCAGCCCGUGUUCUUCCAGCCGAGGGGCCUUAAGAACCUGGGGCAGAUCGACCAGGUGGAGAGCUUGAUGCCCAUCAUGGAUAUGAAAGUCAUCAAUCUGUUUGAAGAGGAGACGCCUCAAAUUUUUGCACUCUGUGGUCGGGGGCCUCGCUCUUCGAUGCGAAUUCUCCGACCUGGACUUGCUAUCAGUGAGAUGGCUGUUUCACAGUUGCCUGGUGUUCCCAGUGCCGUGUGGACAGUGAAGAAGAAUGUGAACGAUGAGUUUGAUGCCUACAUUGUGGUCUCCUUCGCAAAUGCUACUCUGGUUCUUUCUAUUGGAGAGACUGUGGAGGAAGUUAGCGACAGCGGGUUUCUAGAUACGACACCUUCUUUGGCGGUCUCGUUGCUGGGAGAUGAUUCUCUUAUGCAGGUUCAUCCGAAUGGAAUCAGGCAUAUCAGGGAGGACGGGAGGAUUAACGAGUGGAAGACUCCAGGAAAAAAAACAAUUGUGAAGGUUGGAUCGAACCGGUUGCAGGUGGUAAUCGCACUGAGUGGUGGGGAACUCAUAUAUUUCGAGAUGGAUCUCACUGGUCAGUUGAUGGAGGUCGAGAAGCACGAAAUGUCAGGUGAUGUUGCUUGCUUGGACAUCGCACCAGUACCGGAAGGGAGGCAGAGGUCAAGGUUUCUUGCAGUUGGAUCGUAUGACAACACAAUUCGGAUUCUUUCACUUGACCCCGAUGACUGUAUGCAGGUUCUGAGUGUUCAGAGCGUUUCAUCUGCGCCAGAGUCGCUUCUGUUGCUUGAGGUUCAGGCCUCUGUUGGUGGAGAGGAUGGUGCUGAUCGUCCGGCCAGUGUGUUUCUGAAUGCAGGGUUGCAGAAUGGGGUCCUUUUUAGGACAGUGGUUGAUAUGGUAACUGGGCAAUUGUCUGAUACAAGAUCUCGGUUCUUGGGGUUGCGAGCACCAAAGCUUUUUUCAGCAAUGGUGAGAGGGAGAAGGGCGAUGCUCUGCCUUUCAAGUAGGCCGUGGCUGGGAUACAUUCACCAGGGUCACUUCUUACUGACUCCUCUUUCUUACGAGACUCUUGAGUAUGCAGCUUCCUUUUCAUCAGAUCAAUGUGCUGAGGGUGUGGUGGCUGUGGCUGGAGAUGCAUUGAGAGUGUUCACUAUUGAGAGGUUGGGGGAGACAUUCAACGAGACGGCAAUUCCUUUGAGAUAUACACCAAGGAAAUUUGUUCUUCAUCCAAAAAAGAAACUCUUGGUGAUGAUUGAGAGCGACCAGGGAGCUUUUGCUGCUGAGGAGCGGGAAGCUGCUCGCAAAGAAUGCUUGGAGGCAAUGGGAGAGGGUAAUGGAAAUGCUAACACUGAGCAAAUGGAGAAUGGUGACGAUGAGGAAAAGGAGGAUCCUCUUCCUGAUGAGCAGUAUGGUUAUCCUAAAGCAGAGUCAGGUAAGUGGGCAUCAUGCAUCAGGGUUCUCGAGCCAAAGAGUGGCAAUACAACCUGUCUGUUGGAGCUCCAGGAUAAUGAAGCUGCAUUUAGCGUUUGUACUGUGAAUUUUCAUGAUAAGGAAUACGGCACGCUAUUGGCUGUUGGGACAGCGAAAGGUUUGCAGUUUUGUCCCAAAAAGAAUUUUAUGGCAGGAUUCAUUCACAUUUAUAGGUUCUUGGACGAUGGAAAAUCACUUGAACUGUUACAUAAGACGCCUGUGGAUGGAAUUCCUCUUGCCUUGUGCCAGUUUCAAGGUCGUUUACUAGCUGGUAUUGGGCCUGUGCUCAGAGUCUAUGACUUGGGAAAGAGGAAGCUGCUAAGGAAGUGUGAGAAUAAGCUAUUCCCUAAUACAAUUAUCUCAAUUAACACAUACAGAGAUCGGAUUUAUGUUGGUGACAUCCAAGAGUCAUUCCAUUAUGUGAAAUAUAGAAGGGAUGAGAAUCAGCUGUAUAUAUUUGCAGAUGACUCAGUUCCACGGUGGUUGACUGCAUCCCACCAUGUAGAUUUUGACACUAUGGCUGGUGCUGACAAAUUUGGAAAUAUAUACUUUGUAAGAUUGCCUCAAGAUGUGUCCGAUGAGAUUGAGGAAGACCCUACUGGUGGUAAGAUUAAGUGGGAGCAGGGCAAGUUGAAUGGGGCUCCCAACAAGGUUGAAGAAAUUGUUCAGUUCCAUGUUGGGGAUGUUGUCACGUGCUUGCAGAAGGCAUCGCUCAUACCUGGUGGUGGCGAGUGCAUUAUAUAUGGCACCGUGAUGGGUAGCCUAGGGGCUUUUCUUCCAUUCACGUCAAGGGAGGAUGUAGACUUCUUCUCUCACUUGGAGAUGCACAUGAGGCAGGAGCACCCACCACUUUGCGGUCGAGAUCACAUGGCCUACAGAUCUGCCUAUUUCCCUGUCAAGGAUGUGAUUGAUGGGGAUCUAUGUGAACAAUUUCCAGCAUUAGCUCCUGAUUUGCAGAGGAAGAUAGCAGACGAGUUGGAUAGAACUCCGGGAGAGAUUCUAAAAAAAUUGGAAGAUAUUAGAAAUAAAAUUAUUUGAAGGGUUAAUGCAGAUCGAUUGUUGUUUAUUUACAUCCAAUCGUUCUUCCAACACACUGGUGGUUCGGGGUAACAUUGCUCAUUAUGCUACCAACAAAAGCAAAACUCCAAGCACCUUGGGAGAAAAAACUGAAAGCUUUGAAGAGUAACUAUCUGGUGUUUUUUUGGCAGUUGGAAGGCUUUUGCAACUUGGGCCUUUGAGGUGGUGACUGGUGGUUGGCUGGCGCCUCUGCAAAGACGCCCUGGUGGCUCUUUUGGCAAAUGUCAUUGUUUAAUGGCUGCUUCUGAGAUCAUAAUGUCAUAAUGUAUCAUCUUACCACUAGUAUCCUGACAAGCUGUCUAUUUUUCGGAUGUAGCUUUUAAUCAAUCUUGCAGCUUGCUAUGCUAUUAUUUCAA